GCCCACAACCAAGUCCCGCCAUUAAAAAUUGGGAGGGAAAAUUGGGGAAGGAGGGUUUGACAUCUCUGCCGUUCACGCAGGAAGGGAUUUUCCCUCCAAUUCUCGUCCUUCCCCAAAACUCCUCCUCCAAAGUCAUUUGAUUCUUUUUUGAUAUGAAAGAUGCAAUGCUUUCUUCUACUAUCACUAACAAGAGGACUGGAAUAGCACAGGAGGAGGAGGACGAUCCCUUAUUACGAAUCUCUAUUUCGUCUCACAGCAGGAAAAAACCUAAACUCAUAACCAAAUCGGCCCUCGUUCAUCUCCAAUUUUUCCAUGUCCCUUUGGUUUCACCGGCCGGAUUGACUGUCAACGUAAUCCGCCUAGAACCGGGCCGCCCCUACACCUUCGGCCGAAGUCGAACACACAGCGACUGCGACUUUUUCUUCAACGAUCGCCGCGUCAGUAAGCAACACUGCCAGAUUUUAUUUGAUAGUGUCCAUCGCAAGAUAUAUAUUCUGGAUGGAGCAUUGUUUGGCAUUAGAACUAGUGUCGUUGCUGAAUUUAGGAGAAGGUUAAUUUGUUAUGAUCAAUUGGAAGGUGAGGAUAAAGAGAGCGUAGAUUCUAGUAUUAAGGUUUCAUUGAAUGGAGUUUUUGUCAAUGGGAUUAAGGUUAAAAGAGGGAUGGUUAAAGAGUUGUGUACUGGAGAUGAGAUUAUGCUUGCUUGUAGCAACGAGGGUGUAUGUAGUUCGGGAGUUCAAAUUGGGUUUGCGAUUCAAGGGGUUGUUUUCAAGGAGGAGAUUGUUAUAGGGUCAAAUGAGGUCCACUUGGAGAGAAUUAAGUUGUUUGGGAGAACAGCAUCAAUGCGACACUCACAAGGAUCAGUAUCUAGUGGAAACAGGAACAAACGGGUUUUUGCUGCCCAUGAAAAUGAAGUUAUGCCCCAAGGAUAUGCUAUAUCUGGACUGAAAUCUGGGGGCAUUGUUGGGAGGGCAAAGUUUCUGUCGAACAAGUGUAGACAAAUAAUGCAAAGUGACGACCCCAUAUGUUGUAUUAAGCAAUGUGUUUUAUCAGAUUUCAGAAUGAUCAUAAGUGAUCCUAAAAGCAAAUUAAAUUGCCGUACACGCGUGGUCCCAUUUGAUAAAGGAAAAUUUCCUGUGGGAGAUGAACUGAUGGUAAAUGGUGCUGGUCAGGAUAUUCAUAUUGCACAAGAAGUACAGCCCUGUGAGAACUCACGUGUUGGUCAGGAUAUGCAUGUUAACAAGGAUAAAUGUGAAACAAAGUGCUUUUGUUGUGGAAGUGAUAGUUUGUUCCUAAAAGGCACUUCAGGAAUCUAUUCUGAGGGUGGCAGUGAAAGGUAUUCAUCAUUGAAUUCUGUGGGUAAGGUGAAUUCUCCUGACCCAAGUGAUGUACAGACGAAUUGUCAGCCACCUGGAACUGGAAAGAAGUUUUACUUGAAUCGCCUUCAUUUUAUGGACCAUGGUUCAUUCAGCCAUCAAAAUGUUAUCUCCUUACCAGAACUUCUUCAUCCCAUCAAGAGCAUUACAAGGAUAUUUAUUGCAACAUUUACAAGUGAUAUUUUAUGGUUUUUAUCGUACUGUGAGAUUCCAUGCCAUCUGCCUGUAACAAUUGCUUGUCAUAACAGUGAGAGAUGUUGGAGUGCCAACCCUGAUAAAAGAAUCUCCAUGCCAUACUCCAGUUUUCCAAACUUAGUUGUAGUGUUCCCCCCAUUCCCUGAGGCCAUAGCAUUUGGUAAUGACCGCAGUAGACAAGGCAUUGGCUGUCAUCAUCCAAAGUUGCUUGUCUUGCAAAGAGAAAAUAGUAUUCGUGUUAUCAUCACUUCUGCAAACUUAGUGUCGAAUCAGUGGAAUAACGUGACCAAUACAGUUUGGUGGCAAGAUUUCCCUAUUAGAAGUACACCUGAUCUCUCAUCUCUUUUCAUUCGACUUUCUAAUGGAGAAACAAAUCCAGGUUCAGGAUAUGAUUUUGCUGCUCAGCUUGCUGGAUUCAUGGCAUCUCUUUUGAUUGAUGUUCCUAGUCAGGCCCAUUGGAUUCUUGAGUUGACAAAAUACAACUUUGAAGGGGCCAUGGGGUAUCUGGUUGCUUCAGUACCUGGAAUUCAUUCUUGUAGACCUCCUUAUGCUUCUCAGUAUGCUUUGGAGUCGAUUGAUGAAAAGUUCCUGGGCUUGGUUGAAGAAUCUGUUGUUGGUUUAAGCCACCUUUUUCGCACUGCAGCUGACACAAACGGUGCGCUGCUCAAAAGACUGGCUGCUUUCCUUGGGAGAUCUUGUGAAACUGCUUAUGGGAUAGAGAUUGUUUUGAGAAGAAACAACAAUGUGCCUGCAGAUGUGAAUGCUGUGAGCAUUCUUGUUCCCAAUCCUGAUCAAUUUUCUGAAGGAGAUUGUGUGCAACUUGGUUUUCUGCCUAGAUAUGUUGCGAAGUGGGUUUCUCCAUUGUGGGACAGUGGCUUCUUCAUAUUCUCUGGAUUUAUUCAUCCGAAAGAAGCCCUUGCUGCUGCUUUAGGAGGAAGCAACAUGAGAGUGCAACUGAUACUACAGGUGUCCCAGGGGCCUAAUUUUCCGGAUAUGAUGAGAAUGAUGCUACCUGAACAUGUUAUUGCAUUUAGUUCUCUCAUUGCUUCAAUUCAGAGAUGCACAGGCCUUUGGCGACUACAAGAGGUACUAGAUCAGUACAAAUGGCCUGAAAUGGAACAAUCUGACUUUAUUUAUGGCUCAUCCUCAAUUGGGUCAGUCAAUGCACAGUUUUUGGCUACAUUUUCUGCAGCCACUGGAAAGAGAUCAGUGCAAUUCUUUGAUUCAGAAGAAUCUGAUCCAGAGUGGGGCUGCUGGACUGGUAGUCAAGAAUCAAAAAAUCCAUCCAUUGGAAUCAUUUUUCCUACAAUUGAGAGAGUGAAAAAGGCAUGCAAUGGAAUCUUACCUUCAAGGCGCAUUCUUUGCUUCUCAGAGAAAACAUGGCAAAGGUUGAGAACGUUAGACAUACUUCAUGAUGCAGUUCCUCAUCCUUAUGAUAGAGUGGGACACCCAAUGCAUGCAAAGGUGGCAAGGAGACGCUUCCAGUCCAAGAUAGAUGCAUCUUCUUUUGGUUGGGUUUAUUGUGGGUCACAUAACUUUAGUGCUGCUGCCUGGGGACGGCUUAUACCCUGUCCAUCUGGACAAAAGUCAAAUGAACCUGGGAAAACAAACUCUUCUUUGGGUUUGAGACUUCAUGUCUCUAACUAUGAGCUAGGGAUCGUUUUUGUCUUUCCUCCAUGGAGAAAAGGUGUUGCUAACAAAAAUCAUUUUAACUUGGAUGAUGUUGUUUUACCUUUCAAUGUGCCAGCACCCAAAUAUGGGCCAACAGAUAGGCCAGCAACAAUGCAGGCUAUGAGAGAGGCAUUAACUGAACAUAUAGGGAAACAGGGAGAAAAAAUUGUAGAAUCCACAAAUUUAGAAGAAAUGAUAGAAGAGAUUCCUGAGGAAGAAGAGGAAGUUGUUGAGGCGACACAUUAUGUUGUAGAGGAAAAGGAAGAGGAGAAAGCAUAUGCUGAGAUGCUAUGGAGCCAGAACUGUUGAUUUUUUUCUUUUUAUUUUUUAUUUUUUAUUAUCAGGAACCAAAAUAAGGUUUUCAUCACGGACAGGAGCAACUAAUAAAUUGUAUGAAAUGACAAUGGCCUGACUCUUGAGCUUGUAGAUCCAUUCUUAGAAUUGUGUAAUCUGAUUCUUUGGGAAUCGGGAGGAAGGAUUCAUCCUUGCAAUUUCAUUAUUGUAGAAAUUGCAUCUGUAUAUUAUACCACAUAUGGUUAACCAAUA